AUGGCCAAAGACCAUCAUUCAUCAGUGACUGAGUUCAUCCUCUUGGGGCUUACAGAUGAUCCGGAGUUUCAGGCCAUUCUUUUUGGGAUCUUUCUAAUAAUCUACUUAGUUAGUGUCAUCAGUAAUCUCGGAUUGAUUGUGCUAAUCUUAAUCAGUUCUCAGCUUCACACACCUAUGUAUUUCUUCCAAAGCCAUCUGGCGUUUGUUGAUUUUUGUUAUACCUCCACUGUCACCCCAAAUACACUGGGGAAUUUUCUGUGUAAAAUUAAAAGCAUAUCAUUCUGUGCAUGUGCUGCUCAAGUGUGUUUCUUUAUCACAUUUUCAGUGUGUGAACAGUUUCUGCUGUCUGUCAUGGCCUAUGAUAGGUAUGUCGCUAUGUGCAACCCUUUACUCUAUACAGUUCACAUGCCCAGGAAACUCUGCAUUCAAAUGGUCACUAGCACGUACCUUUACGGACUUACUGUGGGACUUGUACAGGCAGUGACUACAUUCCAUUUGUCUUUCUGUGACUCCAAUGUGAUCAACCAUUUCUACUGCGAUGAUGUCCCCUUGCUUGCUCUCUCCUGUUCUGACACCCACGUCAAAGAGCUGAUGUUGUCAACCACUGCUGGGGUCAACAUCAUUUGCUCCCUUCUCAUCGUCUUCAUCUCCUAUGCAUUCAUUCUCUCUGUGAUCCUGAAGAAGCACUCAGCCAAAGGAAGAUGGAAAGUCUUUUCCACCUGUGCUUCCCACUUGACUUCUAUCACCAUAUUAUACGGGACUUUCAUUUUUAUGUACGUUCAACCCAAAUCUAGCUCUUUCCUGGGUAGAGACAAAUUUGUUUCAGUUUUCUAUGUGGUGGUGAUUCCCAUGUUAAAUCCUUUGAUUUACAGCUUAAGAAAUCAGGAGGUAAAAACUGCUCUAAAGAGAAUUCUAGAAAAAUUUCCUUUAAGGGCUGGCUGGUUAGCUUAG